AUGGUGGCCUCUGCCCUCCUGCUCCUCCUAGUGCUGCCCGCAGGGGCCUGGCCUGGCCUGGGGCUGCCACGCCGGCCGUGUGUGCACUGCUGCCGCCCAGCCUGGCCCCCCGCCGCCCCUGGUCCACAUGCGCACGCCCGUGUGAGCAGUGGGGACCUGUGGUUGGGGCUGCCCCACGUGCGGCCCACCAUCGACAUCUCCAUCCUCAAAGGAGAGAAGGGCGAAGCGGGGGUCAGAGGUCGCUCCGGGAGGAGCGGGAAGGAGGGCCCGCCGGGCUCCCGGGGCCUCCGGGGCCACAAGGGCCAGAAGGGGCAGGUGGGGCCACCGGGCACCCCAUGCGAGCGCGCCUACGCAGCCUUCUCGGUGGGCCGGCAAGAGGGACUGCACAGCACCGAGGCCCUCCAGGCUGUGCCCUUCGACACGGAGCUGGUGAACCUGGACGGCGCCUUUGACCUGGCCUCCGGCCGCUUCCUCUGUGCUGCGCCCGGCAUCUACUUCCUGAGCCUCAACGUGCACACCUGGAAUUACAAGGAGACGUAUCUGCACAUCAUGUGCAACUGGCGGGCCGUGGCCGUGCUGUACGCGCAGCCCAGCGAGCGCAGUGUCAUGCAGACGCAGAGCCUGCUGCUGCCGCUGGCUGCGGGUGACGCCGUCUGGGUGCGCAUGUUCCAGCGGGACCGCGACAACGCCAUCUACGGCGAGAGCGGUGACCUCUACGUCACCUUCAGUGGCCACCUGGUCAAGCCAGACACCGAGCUCUAG